AUGGCUCCACCAAUUGAGACUGUUCAAAAAGUUGAGCCUCCUCAAAUAGUUAUCGACUCCCAUCAUCAUCAUCAUCAUCAUUCCUCACAUCCACCUCUUAAUGAGAGGAUACUUUCUUCCAUGACCAGGAGAUCUAUAGCUGCACACCCUUGGCAUGAUCUUGAAAUAGGACCUGGAGCUCCAAAGAUUUUCAACUGUGUUAUUGAAAUUCCAAAAGGAAGCAAAGUGAAAUAUGAGCUUGACAAAAAAACUGGACUCAUCAAGGUUGACCGCAUACUGUACUCAUCAGUUGUCUACCCCCACAACUAUGGCUUCAUCCCCCGAACUCUUUGUGAGGACAAUGACCCCUUGGAUGUCUUGAUUAUUAUGCAGGAGCCAGUUGUUCCAGGAUGCUUUCUUCGGGCAAAAGCUAUUGGCUUGAUGCCUAUGAUCGAUCAGGGUGAGAAAGAUGACAAGAUAAUUGCUGUCUGUGCUGAUGAUCCCGAAUACCGACACUACCAGGACAUCAAGGAUCUCCCACCACAUCGUUUGGCUGAGAUCCGGCGCUUCUUUGAGGACUACAAGAAAAAUGAAAACAAAGAAGUUGCAGUUGACGACUUUCUCCCUGCAUCUGCUGCCUAUGAUGCAAUCCAGCAUUCCAUGGACCUAUAUGCGGACUACAUAGUGGAGAGCCUCAGGCGGUAG